AUGUACGAAGAUGAAAUGGAAGACAAGCCAAAAAAUAUGAUGACGAAACAAUGGCUUCCCCAACGUGAUAUACUUUUGCACAACAAUGUGAAACUGUUCAUCAGCCACGGAGGUAUUUCUGGGCUAUACGAAGCCUUGGACGACGGUGUCCCGGUCCUCGGAUUUCCUUUGGUCGGCGACCAACCGAGAAACAUUAACAACCUGGUCAACGCCAGCAUCGCUAUUUCGUUGGACCUACUGUCCGUCACCGAAGACUCAUUCUUAAACAACCUCUUGGAACUACUCAACAACCAAAAGUAA